AUACAAUUAUUUAUCUUAUUCAGGGGAAAGUCAAUAAUGGAAUCGCCGACGACUAAAGCUAAAUAUAAGUAAUUGUUUCUUUAAAAGUACUUUACAGAUAAGAGAAACGAUAGCAGGUUUGUAACGUUCGCACCAGCGAUUCUAUUACCCAAAUUAGGGAACUAUUUCCAGAUAAUGGAACGCUAUAUAUUUUGACGAUGAUUCUUCCAUGUUUCAGACAAAGUAAAGAAAAGAAAGUCGCGGACCCGUCUCAUAGAUUAAACUCCUGCAACCAAUUGCCAUUAAUGGCAAUCCAUCCAUUCCAAAUCCGCUACACGAUGUGCUUAUCCUGCCUUAAUAACGGCAUAAUGAUGUGUGUCAAGGAUUUGCGGCGCCUGUCGUGAUGAAAAGUUGUAGAAACGCGUCUGCUUCGGAUGGCUAGACGAAACGAUACUCUUAUUCUUGCGGUUUCGCGAUUUAUUAAAACUGUUGCGACGUCUAAUUAAUUCCUCUUUAAUUCUCCACUCAGGAAGCUAAACAGCUCUAUGGUUGCAGCACAGCAUGAGGUUUUUCCUUCUUUAUUUUAUUUAGUAUCCAUUAAGAUUAAAUAAGUAUAAUAAUAAUAAUUAAAGACGACUAAAUUUUAUUUGUUUGAUAUAUCCUUUUUUAUAUUUUAUGUUACUCCCUUUACUAAUAUGCUGUUUUGUGUUUCCCGUUACUUUAAUUAACACUAAAGUUACCACAGCUGGUCAAAUGACUUUGUGUGGUUUCUUAUAUAAAAUAUAUAAAUUAUAUACAAUUGUUUCAUAUAUUAUUCGACUUGAUAACAAGUGAAAUAUUUUUGCAAUCAAUUGAAAAAGAUGUAUUUAAGACAUGUUAUUUAACCGAUCGAGGUAGAAAUAGGUACCGAUAUCGAUAGGUUUAGUGUUAGUUAAUUGACUUCGAACGAAACAAUUUUAAUGCAGCUUCAAAGUCUGGCAAACGAUAAUUGUUUAAAAUUAUUUCCUCAAUCUGCUUUCGAAAGCGAGGUGAUUGUUAUGUAAUAAAACUAUAAAUCGUUAAAUUAGUUUGUUCUGAUGUCUAUGAAAACCUAAAGAUUAUACAUGACUCAUCCAGGAUAUUCUCGUGAAAGAAAUCACCUUCUGAUAAAUAAGUUUUAUAUCGGUAUAGUGACAGCUGCAUUAAUUCAUAAGGCUCGAAGUGUUUGCAUCUUCAAAAAUAACCGAGACAUUCAGGUAUUUUACUACUUUUUGCUACCUUGGUAUACAAGCGAACGGACAUGUGUUGUUCUUCGGGAACGAUGUUACAAUCAUUCGGGUCCAGGUAACUACUAUAAUGACUAUCGUCAAGGUAGCGAUCAACGGAAUUUUAUUACGGUUCGAACGAGGAGUUAAGAAAGCAAAAACAAGUUAUACGUUUCGUUGGUUCAUCUUCGGAGACUUUCAGAAAUUAAAUGUGAAAAUCUUCCGUUCGAGAUACAGUAGAUAGUUGGUAGGAGGGCAACGAUUAUCGUUAAGACUAACAAAGCACGAACCAGAAGAACUGUAAAUUACAGCGUACAUAAAAGAAAGUGGUCGACGCAAGCAUUUGAAUCUCGUCUGUAUUCUCGUCGGUAAGAAUGCUAGUUAUUGCUGUUUUUUAACAGGACAAUUACAAAGUGUGUAACAGAAGCGCAAUGUGUUUAUCAUGAAAAUUUCGAAUGGUUUUAGUGAAAUACAAUCAGUAAGUAAGCGGUUGUACUCCUGUUCUGCUUUUAUAUUAACGAUUUCGUUUCAAGGACAAUAUUUUUAUUUACAGCGUGAACAUACUGACUUUAUUCACUAAAUAACGCAAGAGAAAAUGCAAACAUAAACUGUAUCGAGCUGAAUUGCAAGAAGUGAAAAAAUCGCUAAGGUUUAUACAAAGCAGGUAAACAUUGCAUACACGAUUUCAAAUUGUUUCAACGCGAUACAUUUUUAGUAAGUACCUAUAUCUAUACUUAUAAAUAAGUUCCAAAGACAGUAUUUUUAUUUACCACACGAAAAUACUGUUUUUAUUUCCUAAAUAACGCCACAAAAAAAAAAGAUAAAAAUGUAAACGCAACCUGCAUCGAGCUGAACAGGAAAAAGAUCGCGAAAAAAUCGCCGAUUUCCAAAUCAGGUAAAGAUUGGUGUUGCGAUCGAGUCGAACUUGUGUCGUAAGAAAGGGCGUUGAUCGGACAGGUGCACGAACGCAUCCUCUGGCGAAUCGGGAAACGCGUUCCCGAGGAAUUUCACAGAAAACACACGAACCGGUUCGCUUAUCCGGAGCACGCUCGGUAUCAAUGAAGACAGAAAUCGGCGGUGGCUUCGCGGUCACGCUCUUAGAGCCGAUUGGCGUAUUAGAAUACGUGUAUUUUCGUGUCGGUGUUGGUGCCACGAUCGGGCCUUCCAGUACCGCGCUUGACAGCGCGCAGAACGGACCCAUCGCUCGUUGUUCUGGGGUCUGUAACGUCGCCCACACCAUCAGAAACUCUUCAUUAGAUUUUUUAAUCGAAAAACGGUUCGCGCACAUUGCGAACGAUCGUCUCUAUUCGCGAUUACAUCGAAUUUUUGUUACGGCUGGUUCGAAUUCGUCCAACUGCGCGUAGGACUGAAACAUUCGGUGAAAAAAGUCGGUGAUCGGCAAAUUUUCAAAACGGAAAGUAGGCCCUCCUUGUGUGGCUGACCGAGAAUUCGUCAGGAAAGGAAGCGCGUCGUCGUGGCUCUUCCUGGUCAUUGGACGCUGGACAAACGAAGAAGAACCAUGCAUCGGUGACGCAACGGCAUACGAAAUAUGUUUGCUGCUGGGUGCCAUUCUUAAUAUUUAACUGCGAGUUUUCACUGUUACUACUUACGAAACUCUUGGCAACGACUGAAAAGUUCUCAACGGCGCCGAGAUGAUGCUGAUCAAGAGUUUCUUCCGGAGGAUCAUCAAGGACUUUCGGCACAAAGAGCUCCUACCCCUUAAAAUGAUAUUUUUCGUUCAGGCAUCGACACUCUAUGUACUUUAUCCAUACUUGACGAUUCACAUGAGGGAGCUUGGCAUAAACGUGGAGGAAACUGCUAUAAUGAGCGCUAUAACGCCGGUGAUCGCGAUGGUGAUGCCACCCUUGGCAGGAAUGUUCGCCGACCGCGUGGGAAACUUUAAAAUUUUACUAUCCCUGUUUUCGUCCUUUGGCGGAGUCGCGGCGCUUUUAUUGCUGCUCGUGCCGAUUGGCAGGAUAACCGUGGAAUUUCCGGACAGAGUCGUUAUGGAUCUCGGAUGCACAGGGAAUAACGAGCUGCUCUACACGAUGAGCCAGAGUCAUCCAUGCGAGACCAAGUUGCAAAGCGAAAUCUCCACGAGGCUUGAGAGUUGCGGUUACACCUGUCGUCUGGACGUUCACAAUGACACGGGCAUGGAGUCCAUCUUGUCGUCGAAGAUAUACUCUAUCAGACGGUACAAUUUGGAUACUGGCGCAAAUUCGUCAUUCAAGUUUGCGAUUGCUCAAAACGACAUGCCGGUGAACAAAGACGAAGAUAUGAGGGAGCACCGGAAAUUGAAGAACAACGAGUACUUCAAAACGUCCAUACGACAGGUCUCGAGGAACGAGUACUUCUUCCCAGCGAAUCAACUGUAUGAAUUCGGAUGUAUGGUGUCGGGAUUUAUCGAAGACUUUGAAACUUCAACCUUGGACACAGCCAAGUCGAACAGGAUCUAUGAGAACAGGACCCUUUGCGCCUUCAACCCAAUCAUAACGCACAAGGAUAACGUCAGUCAAACGAUAAACCAUCACUCGUACAAAUCGAAGCUGAAGAGUCUCGAAGCGACUGACGAGGAUCGCGAUGCCAAACGAAGAAGAUACUCGUCCGAAGAAGUAGCAUGGGCCGAGGACAAGUUUCAGAAAAUCACGUGCGGAAACCCUGAUCUGGAAACCGAGAGAAUCGUCCUAAAUCUACCCCUGUACAAUUACUCGUUGAGUUCGGAGCCUUACAGGAUCCUGAGCACCGAAGAGUGCAGCAAAAGGUGCAUCGUCACCGCACCCCGCACGGAAAUGUGUUCGAACAAGGACACAGUCGUCGAAUACAACGUGAGCACGACCUUCUGGAUGUACUUUGCCAUUAGGGUAUUUAUCAGUGUCAUCGGUGGCACCACGUUCGCCAUGUUCGAAGGUGCGGUGAUCGCGAUACUGAGGGAACAAAAGGCCGACUAUGGCCUUCAGAGAAUUUAUGGCAGUAUAGGCGGUAUGAUAUCGUCGCCACUUUCUGGACUCCUUAUCGAUUACGCGAGCACCGGCAAGAGCUACACGGAUUUCAGGCCUGCGUUUUAUCUGUACGCAGCGCUGAAGCUCAUGUCCGGAAUAUUGAUGCUCGCCAUCAACUUGGAAUUCAAAUCUCCAGCUAGCAACAUCGUUCGCGACGUUUUUACCGUUUUGAGGAACAUAGAAGCUGCCGCUCUGUUCAUCGCCUGCUUCAUCCUAGGAACCGCUUGGGGCUACAUCGAAUCGUUCCUGUUUUGGUUGAUACAAGAUUUAGGAGGAUCAAGAUCACUCAUGGGUAUCACCAUAACCGUAGGCGGUAUAGCCGGUAUACCAUUACUGGUCCUAUCUGGCCCAAUCAUAUCAAAGAUCGGCCAUGCCAAUGUACUUUUCAUAGGCUUCAUUUUUUACGCCAUAAGACUCUGUGGCUACUCGUUGAUAUACAACCCGUGGCACACUCUCAUCUUCGAGGCAUUAGAAUCUGUCACUUUAUCGCUUAGUUUUACCGCCGCUGUUACUUACGCAGCGAAAUUGUCCACCACCACCACUGACAGCUCGAUACAAGGACUUUUGGGCGGCGUUUAUUAUGGAGUCGGCAAAGGAUCUGGAAGCUUGAUCGGCGGUUAUCUGAUGAAAGCGUUCGGAACUCGACCAACCUAUCGCAUAUUCGCGGUGGUAACUCUUAUCACCGGCAUGAUGUACUACAUCUUCAACGUGGCGUACCUGAAGAAACGUCCACAGGUAGAAGGGAACGACAUCGUGAAGAAGAAGCCCAAGAAAGUGGAGAACCAAAAUGGCGUGGAGAGCGGCAUCAUCGAGAUAGGGCUGGAGGAGAAGCAACGCAGCAACGAGGAAAAGGAGAAGGGGUCUAACGAUCUGGAUGGAAUAGACAAUCAGAGCUUCGCGAAUGAGCAGGAGAACACGAAAUUCUCGAAGGAAGAAGAGAGACAACCCGCGAAUAAUAUCGAACUGGUAAACAACGCGAAGAACCUCAAUAAGAUCGAGAAGGCGGAGGACAAGAGUAGGAAAAAGUUUGACGCGAAGAGGAUCAACAAAACGGAAACCGACGAACGCGAUCGAGCGAAAGAUAGUUUUAAACAGAACGGCACGACUAAUCCAAGCUUCGAAAGCGACGAUCAAAAUCGAUCUAACGUCACCGUCGAGAGCCAACCUAACGACAAGAAAUGAAGUUCCUCUAGAGAUCUCGAUGCUCUUCCCUUCGAUUUGAUUUCUUAUCGAUAAUAAAUCAAUUCUCAAUCAAGCAGAGUGUUACAGUCGUUGAUAAAAUUACGCUAGAGGCAUGAAAAGAAAGAGUUUUCCGUAUUAAACAGGCUUGUUUCGUUGUUUAACAAGUUUCGAAACGCCUGUGCUUUCCUCUGUGUUUGCAAUCAUUUUAUCAAUGGCUGUAAAUGAAGCAAUAACGAUGAAGAAAUAAUGCGAUGGAUAUUUCUCAUCGUGCCUCCUGCUUGUACAAACACUGUAUACUCAUAUCUAGUUCAAGAUUGCUUGGGUAAAGAUAGUACUGCUCGUGAUUGUUAGAACAAUACUUUGUCUCACUUUUCGUAAUUAUAAGAAGAGAUGCAAGUUUUUAAAAUAAAAAGAUAUACGAUCAUUACGUAACGCAUUCAUUUUUUCAAAUAAAAUUAUGUUUAAGGCUCGUCAAAGAAAUAUUUCACAGUCUAGAUUGUUAUAGGUACACAUCGCUGUACCAAUAAUUCAGAAAAAUAAUAUUAAACAUCUUAAUAUGUUCGUUCAGAUAAUUACGAGCGUACUUUACGUACAAUUAUUGCGAUCGAUAACCACACACAAUCACGACCAUAGUCUAUACAAGCGUAUCUGUAUAAUGAAACUAGUUGUACACAAUGCUCUAAAAUUUAUUUAUCCGUUAUUCAAAGGUCGGGUUACACUUUAAUUACCAUCGUGCAUGUACUUCACAAUGUCAAAUAUCGCGUUACUUUUGUUAAAUAUUUUUUUUUUUUAGUAUCGAACAUGUAGCGACGUAACGAUUCCAAAUGUAAAUGUAACAUUUGCUUUUUAAUGUUUAGGGUAACGUUGACUCUCUAUUUUGUACACUCUUUUGUUCAUAGAUUAAUAUAAAAUAAAGACAGCGUAGUUUCUACGUUUAAAGGAGGAUAUCAGAUAUUAAAUAGAGUUUGAUGUAAUUUUAAUAAGCAUAAGUGUUAAUAGAAUACGUUGAAACGCAUGAAAAGAGUAUAUUUGUUAUCGUUGUUGGAGCGUUAUAUAUAUAUAUUUUUUUUUCUCCUAAAUAGUGUAACGUGAAUGUAAAAAUACGAGCGUAUCGAUUGACGCAAGUUUCGCAGAUACUGUACGGUUGUUUAAUAGUUUAUAUUAACACUUUGAGCCCGUCGAUGAUACUCUUACCACGCAUUGAAAUCACCAGACCGGCGUUUAUAUUAAUGCUAACACCGCGGGCUCGUUAUAUGGAACCUAACUGCUAUCUAACGCUGGUACCUCGAUCGUGUGAUCUUCAACUUUGUUACGUUACAACGUCGAAUUUCACUUUCCUUACGAUCUGUAAAAAUAAUAAUAACUAGACAGGGAAUUUUUAUGCAUUUAUAGGAGAUUCGAAUAUGUUAGAAACUACAAAACCUGCAGGCAGUAUGCAAUAAUAUAAAAAAAAUAUUGAAAGUAAAGUUUGCAUUAUAAUAUUUCCAGAAUACAAUAAAUUCCGAUUUAGGUUCGAUUUUUCUAGGUACGUUCGCGAAGAUUUUAUUUUGCAUAAAGAUUCGCAGUCUAAUAAUAACAUCGUAACUUUCAUUCGAUUAGACUCUGAGGAAUGGAUAGAAUGCUUACCAUUACGUGAUAAAGUCAAUAGUUUAGUCGUCACACUAAUCGAUCCUGAUCUUGUAGGUACUAUACAAAAUACGCACGACAAUGUCCAAUCUGGACAAAUAUACAAAACGCUCGAAGUUACUAAACGAUGAAAAGCUAAUGAUAGUGCUGCGAAAGAACAAUGUGAUAUAAUUAUGCGGGAAAUAGCGCGUAAUUGCGAGCCUCGCACAAUGUACAUUCGUAAAGGGGAUAAUUAUUAAUUAUCCUCCGUUCGUGGAUUCAUAGUUUCAAUGGAAAAAUAAAAGGAACUAUAAAUAAGUGAAAA